GGAGAGAGAGAGAGAGAGAGAGAGAGCGGCUCUUCAGCAGCAUCGUCUCGUAUCUGGCAGAUCUGAGACAAGCCAGCACCCGCCCUGUGGAAUCAGCAUCUCAGCGCACGGACCUGACAAGUGCGCCUCCCCCUCCUAACGCUGCCUGACAGACCAUCGUUGCAGGCUUCGCCUCCGGCAGUUUGUUUCUUAAGAGGCCAGCUCCAAGCCCCAGAUCCGCACAUUCUGCUCUCACGUCGUGCGGGGAAUCACCCGCAGAGCCGCGCCGGGGACCUCUCACGCUCCAUCUCGCUUGGCGCUUGCGCGUAAAGGCACCGGGCAUCAGUCGAGGGCCAGACGCGCACGGUGUGGAUAUUUGAUUGUUGCUGUGCCCGCUCGGGUUUCCAGCAUCGGCCGCGGGGACACUGCGCGCAACGCACCUGUGGAUGCAGCACACGCCCCUGAUGCUCGGACUCGAACCUGUGGAAAAGAGAGGAUUCGUCACGUUCACUUGAUCCCGCUGCGCUCCGUGUAUUUGGAGGAGAGACGCCAUGCUGCUGAGCGUGUCCCUCCUGGUGCUGCCCCUGCUGAGCGUGACCGUGAGCGGCGGCGGCGCGUCCUACGUGCCGUGCGAGCCGUGCGACCAGAAGGCCCAGUCCAUGUGCCCCCCGGUGCCGCUGGGCUGUCAGCUGGUGAAGGAGCCCGGCUGCGGCUGCUGCCUGACGUGCGCGCUCGAGGAGGGCCAGCCGUGCGGCGUGUACACCGGGCCGUGCACGCGCGGGCUCCGCUGCCUGCCCAAGAACGGCGAGGAGAAGCCGCUGCACGCGCUCCUGCACGGCCGGGGCGUGUGCCGGAACGAGAAGUUGUACAAACUACUGCACCCGUCGAAAGACGAAGGUCACGGCGACGCCCUGCUCCCCGUCCCCGAGUCGGUGCUUCCCCAGACCAAGGUGCCCUUAUAUGGCAGGGACCACAUCAGCAGUCGGAAGGCCCAGGCCAUGAAGCAGGCCAAGGACCGCAAGAAGCAGCUGGCCCGGCUGGGGCCCGCCAGCAAACUGGACUUCUCCCCGCUAAGCCUGGAUAAACUGGACCCCGAGUUCGGUCCCUGCAGGAGAAGACUGGAUAAUCUCAUUCAGAGCAUGAAGGACACGUCUCGGGUCCUGGCGCUGUCUCUCUACAUCCCCAACUGUGACAAGAAGGGCUUCUUCAAGCGCAAACAGUGUAAACCCUCCCGCGGUCGGAAAAGGGGGAUCUGCUGGUGCGUCGACCGGUUCGGUGUGAAGAUCCCCGGCAUCAACUACGCCGGAGGAGACCUGCAGUGCAAAGACCUGGACAGCGGCAGCAGCAACAGCAACGAAUGAGCCGGCGCUCCGAACCUCUGCUAAGAACCUGCCAAUCAAGCUCGCACACGUGACGACUGCCAGUCCGGAGAAUCAGACACAGACGCUCACGUGUGGUCAGGUGUGACGGACUGCGUUGAUUUACUUUAUGUUCUGAGGGGAGACACACUGAGGCUGCACACGUCCCCGACUGUGUACUAUUCUCUUUAUAUCCAUAGGUCAUAGAGAAGUAUAUAUAUUUGUAUGAUAUAGAUACCGUGUUGUGUACUGAGUCUGUCAUAUGUUGCUAAAUUUUGAAAUCACGAGACAAGACAUAUUUUUAAAUGUGGCUGAGAAUCAAGUCGGACACUUGGGAGACAAAGUUUUAUUGAGUGUUUGAGGUGUUAAUGACGAGGGGAGAUUCACACACAUGUUUUCUGAUGUUUAACUCACCCCCCUGUCACCGAGCGCCGGCCUGGAGGUGUCUGCACGAUUCAUUCAGGAGCCUGUUGGGUUUUAUAUCUGUUCUGUGGGACGGAUCAGCUGACAGUGACAGGAACAUGGGCCUGUUUUCACUGAGCCAAAUCAGACCAGUUUGACUUCUACGGGAUAAUCCCAGUUGCUUUCUUGCAGAGAGACGUACAGUUUGUACUGGUUAUAUUAACAGAGCCGGGGGGCGGUAACUUCCUCUGCACAUCGUUCCCACCAAAUAAAUACAAGACAAACCAAUAGAGGUCCAGCUUCGAAUCAAAUCUAAAAUCCCGCUCUCUUCUGUCCUCUGAUGUAUGGAGACGUGGUGUUGUUCCAGCGACAGAUGAAGUUGUCCACCGUCCCCCAGUGAAGCAUCUUGAAACGUGUCUGUCGGAUUGAAUCCUUCAUAUCAGCAGAUUUACUGUACUGUGACCGCUUCCAUAUUUAAAAGGCCUUUUUUUUUUCGAGUCCUGAAAACUGCGUCCGCUGUUUGUAAAUGUACUGACAGUGUGUGUCUGUGUGUGUCUGUGUGUGCUCCUGAGUGUGUGUGUGUGUGUGUGUGCUGUACGUGCCAUGCCCUAAUAGUUCUCAACUUGAAAAAGCUCUGGUUUCAUUUCUCAGCAUUUCCCUUCCACACAAAUCAUAUGCAAAGGCCCCGUGUCGUGGGUGUGUGCGCUCGCUGGGUCGCCGCCGCCGCCACGCAGGCAAACGGCCCCUUGCUCUCAGGGUUCGCCGGGUCCUUUUCAAAUCCUGCGAAGAGCAAGGUCGCCGAGGUCGUAUGUAAAUUCAAGUGCCUUCUGCCCCACGCCACUUUGAAUUUGGAUUUGCAUGUGGGAACGCUCCAGCACCGACAGAGGAAAACCACGUCAGGUGGCGUGAAAGAUACUUUAGACUGGUUUGGUUUUCAGACGAAGACGAUGAGUCGCACGUCGACAGAGGACGAAGAUCUCUAGACUCUUUGUUAGUUGGGUCGAUAACUCGUAUAAUCUCCUGAUGUUGUGACAGAGGCUCCGGAUAAAGCUCCUCUCUCAAGCUGUAAACAUGUUAAACACGGUGAUCGUUUCAGAAUCUGUUUUAAAAAAAAGAUAAAUGUGAACAUUAUGGUGAAAUAUUUAUCAGGCGUGUAAUUGAUGUACUCUGUUUUUGUAAUAACAAAUCACUAUUUAAAUAAAGUUCCUGUACUCACUAAA